CGGGCACUUCCGGUUCCGUGUCGUUUCAUGAAAACGUCGUGUGAACGGCGCUCCAAAACAGAAAGUUUACUUAGAGAAAGUCGAGCGUAAGAGAGCUUAAUGUCAUUUUAAUUAUACAUAUAUCAUCCCCGUGUCUUGUGAUCUUUGUGGAGCGGUAAAGGACUGAGACAACCGGCUUGCUGUCCUGCACGCGUCCCAGAUUGACCGGCAUGCACUGGAUAACUAGCCAAGGUUCAAUCCCGGCUGUUCUAGUGAAAGGACAAACAAUCGAACGCAUUGCUUUCGCACCAAGAUGUCUCUACCAAAGCGAGAGAUGGAGGAGCUGCGACCGUGGGUGGAGCGGACCGUGAAGAAGGUGUUGGGCUUCUCAGAGCCCACCGUCAUCACUGCUGCCUUGCACUGCCUUGGCAAAGGCAUGGACAAGAGAAAGACCAUAGAUCAACUCCGGCCUAUUCUAGACGACUCUGCUGGAAGCUUUGUGGAGCGCCUUUUCGAAUCCUUGGAAGAGAGCCGCCACAUCCGUAGCAGCAAAGGAGCAGGAGAAAAGAACCGCAAGAGAGACCUCAAGGAUGUGUUUGGGGAUGAUGCAGACAUGGGCGGAAUAAAGGAAUUGCCGCAAGAUGCGACGGCGCCCAAGAGGAAACGUACCCCCCGUUUUGAGGAGGUGGAGGAGCCUGAAGUCAUACCGGGGCCUCCACCCGAGAGCCCUGGGAUGCUGACCAAGAUGCAGAUCAAGCAGAUGAUGGAAACAGCCACGAGACAGAUUGAGGAGAGGAAGAAACAGCUAAGCUUCUCUUCCUCAGGCCCCACAGCAUCGAUACUGCCGCUGCCCACCCCACAGACACAUCUAGAGCCUACCCCAGUGUCCAGGCUUCUCUCCAAUUCCUCUUGCCCUCCAGCAGUCGGCUCGCUGUCCAUACAUCCAUCGCAGGCUGCCACCUUCAUGAACGAUGCAAUAGAGAAGGCCCGCAAGGCAGCUGAGCUGCAGGCCCGCAUCUCGUCCCAGCUGGCCAUGAAGCCUGGUAUACUUGGGGCUCUUGGAAACACUGGGCCGCACAACCUUGUUGCCCUGGCCAACCUGCACGCCAUGGGCAUAGCUCCUCCAAAAGUGGAGAUCAGAGAGGUGAAUAAGCCAACCCCACUGAUCCUGGAUGAGCUGGGAAGAACGGUUGAUGCAACCGGCAAAGAGGUGGAGCUCACACACCGGAUGCCCACCCUCAAAGCCAACAUUCGUGCCGUGAAAAGGGAGCAGUUUCGCCAGCAACUGAAGGAGAAGCCCGGAGAGGACUUGGAGUCCACGUCCUACUUUGACCAACGAGUCAACAUCACGCCCGCCCAGCGUGCUCGAAAGGGAUUUAAGUUCCACGAGCAGGGGCGCUUUGAGAAGAUUGCCCAGAGAAUACGAACUAAGGCCCAGCUGGAGAAGUUGCAGACCGAGAUUGCCCAGGCUGCGAAGAAGACAGGCAUACAGGCGUCCACUAAGCUGGCUCUUAUUACCCCAAAAAAGGAGCUUGGGGAUGGAGAGGUGCCCCACGUUGAGUGGUGGGACUCGUACAUUGUGCCCACAAAUGCAGAGCUUAUCCAAGAAACAAAGUUUGAGGUCAUGGAGUUUUUCGGAGUAACCAACCUAGUUGAGCACCCGGCCCAGAUCUGCGCUCCAGUGGACACGGAUAAGACGGUAACGCUGGGCGUUUACCUGACGAAGAAAGAGCAGAAGAAGCUCAGAAGACAGACCCGUAGGGAGGCCCAGAAGGAACUGCAAGAGCGGGUUCGUCUGGGACUAAUGCCUCCCCCAGAGCCCAAAGUGAGAAUCUCCAACCUGAUGAGGGUGCUGGGAACGGAGGCGGUGCAGGACCCCACCAAGGUGGAGGCCCACGUACGAGCACAGAUGGCCAAGAGGCAGAAGGCUCACGAAGACGCCAAUGCUGCUCGCAAACUGACAGCGGAACAGAGGAAAGAGAAGAAGAUCAAGAAGAUAAAGGAAGACCUCACUCAUGGGGUUCAUAUCGCAGUUUACAGAAUCCGUAACCUGCACAAUCCCUCCAAGAAGUUCAAAGUGGAGGCCAACGCCAACCAGCUGUACUUGACGGGCACCGUGGUGCUGCACAGAGACGUCAACACGGUGGUGGUGGAGGGAGGCCCAAAAUCCCAGAAGAAGUUCAAGAGGCUGAUGAUGAACAGAAUUAAAUGGCAGGAGCGCAACACCAAAAGAGAAGACCCCGACUUUGACGAUGAAACCAAGAGGAACAACAAGUGCUAUUUAAUAUGGGAGGGAACGGCUAAAGAGCGCAGCUUUGGAGACAUGAAGUUCAAGCAGUGCCCGACAGAGAACAUGGCCAGAGAACACUUCAAAAAGCACGGCACAGAACACUACUGGGACCUGGCCCUGAGCCAGAGCGUGCUGGAGGGCACCGACGACUGAACAGCGAAGCGCUUUGGAAGACGUUAAAGAGUUGGCAAUGUUGAGACUGCACCCUACUAUAUGCCCCUCACCCUCCUCUCCCAGCCCCCACCACAGCCUGACCUCGGGAGUGCAGGCUGAUUCCUUCAAUUGGGACUCUGGAUAGACCAAAUGGAUUCUCCUGGAGAAAGACCUAAUCAUAAACUGCAGGCAUAUUCAGUUUUAUGGGAAGGUGCAUGUGUUGGUGUGCCGGUACUUGUGCAUCUUCCAACACAUCAGUUGCUUUCUCUGGUGGGUAGGGUAGUUCCAGUACCGCAGUUGCUUUGGGUCAGUUUUUGUUAUUUUCUUUAUUAGAUUGAGCAGUAUGUAAAUUAAUUGCUCAAUGCUAUAUCUGACAGUUCAAUCUGUCAGAUAUGAGAUGACUCCAUACUGGGGUGAUGCCAUUUCACACAACAGAAGCCACCAUUUUUCUCAAUACUAGUGUUGAGAUCCAAAACAUCAAUGUGUUUUAGUAACGAAUUCAGUCGUUUUAUACAGGCACAGUAAACAUAACAUUUGGCAUUGAACUGAGAUUUCGCUUUGCCUGCUAUUUGAAAUUGCCAUUGAAAUAGAUUUGUAUCGAUUUACUGGAGUUGAUAUGUUAUCCUCAAUAUUGUUGGUAACUAUUCAAAGAAAUUAAGUUGUGUUCCACUGAUGUAUUCCCUUGUAUGUUUACACGUCCAAUAAACAAUAUCAAACCAC